CAAACAAAAUGGCGUGUCUGUCAGUUGUAUAUCAAUAUUUUCUAAUUGGUUUUCAGUACAAUGUUUGAAAUACAUUAGAACGAAAUAAAAUUCUUUGGUUUGUCAUCAUGUCAACCAAUAACCUUUCAUCAGUUUUGAAGUCCUGCUCUGAGGGUGAGUUGAUAAACGAGGUUGCAGAGACUGGCAUGACACCAAAACAGGUGGAAGGAUCCCGACUAAAACGUACAUUUACUUUACCUCGGAAUCCUUUUGGUACCACAAAACCUAGUUCGAGUAGGAACAAAAGCAACGAAAGCGAUAAUAAAUCCACAACAGGCACAAUUAUCGGAACAACUCAAAAAGAUGAGGGUAUCGUUGAAAGGAAGUUAUUUAGAAGGCCAUCAUGGAAAAUAUUCUUGAAUAAAAUAGCUCAGCACAUGAGUACUGUGAACGUAUCAGGAGUUAAAACAGUCCCAACGAUAAUAAGCAAUGAACGAGUGCCGUGCAGCGGGGACCCGCCGUGGCCCCCGGGUGCGACUCCGGCCGCCACUGGAAUCAAAAACCAUGGGAACACUUGUUACAUGAAUGCAGUACUUCAGUGCCUUUCACAUACUGAUGUUAUAGCUGAAUACUUUGUACUAGAUCAUUACAAGGUGGAUUUACAGAAGAGAAAUAAGAUAAAUUCAAAAAAAUAUGGAACUCGUGGUGAAGUUACGGAACAAUUAGCUGCACUUCUGAAAGCGUUAUGGUCAUGUCGAUAUACUCCUGAUAUGAGCAUUGCAUUCAAGGGUGCAGUUGAGAGGCACGGCUCUCAAUACCGCGGCAACAGUCAGCAUGAUGCACAGGAGUUUCUCUUUUGGCUGCUUGAUAAAGUGCAUGAAGAUUUGAACACGGCCACUAAGAAAAAGUAUAAAACUAUCAAGAAUACAGGUGGCAAGUCAGACGAGGUGGUGGCGGCUGAGACUUUGGCAAACCACGCUAGAAGGAACAGUUCCUUUGUACAGGCAGUUUUUCAAGCUCAGUACAGGUCUGCGCUGACGUGUGCGAAAUGCGAGCGGACUUCGUGCACUUUCGAUCCGUUCCACUGCGUAAGCGUGCAGCUUCCUACACGUCUCAACACAGUGCAGCCCUCACCACUGCCCGUCAAUGUGGUGUACGUGAACCAACAGCCGCGGCAGGUGCGCAUCGGCGUGGAGCUCGCACCAACCGCGACUAUGGACGAGCUGCGCACAGCAUUGCACAAUGACACCGGCAUUGAUACCGACCAUAUCAUACUCAGCGAGAUUAAUGAAUCAGGGUGGUGCAACGCGCGCGCUGGCUGGGAAGUGGCGGGUAUUGACUACGGCGCGCUGUACUGUCUGGAGGCUCCCCCGCUGCUGCAGACGCCCACCACUCCCUACCUACUCAUACUGUGGGUCAACCUUCUUGAUGGGGAACGAUUUGGGUCACCGUACGCAAUGCAGGUGGGACGCGAGAUUUCCUACGAGGAUCUACAGAAGUUGCUGCUGAAGGAAAUGUGCCAGGUGGUGGCGGAGCGCGUACUGGAGCGCGCGCAGGGAGCUGACAUCUUCCGUGCGAGACUCGCCGACACUCAGCCACACGCCUAUCUACAGCCAGAGCUGCCGCAUCCGCUGUUCGCACUGGAAGUAGAGCAGGCGUUGUGCGCGCACGACAAACACCCGUACUUACGUCUCGAGCUGCUCUGGGAUCCCGCGCACAGAGAUAGUAUAAUCCGUGAGCCCGGUGAGGCAUGCGAGGUGCACGUGUCGGCGACGGGCGCAGGACCGCUCACGCUGCACGCCUGUCUCGCGCACUACACGCGCGCUGAACACCUCGCACAGGAGGACGCGUGGAGAUGUCCUCAAUGCCAAAGAUACAUGCCAGUUGUGAAAACAUUGGGUCUGUGGUCACUUCCAGAUAUCUUAGUCAUUCAUUUAAAGAGAUUCAGACAACAAGCAAAAGGUCGCACGAGUACGAAAUUGACGACCAUGGUGGAAUUCCCAUUGAACGAUUUCGAUAUGACGCCACAUCUAGUCAGAAGGAAUUCCUCAAACGAUUCUCCCGGCCACUCCAGAUCGCCGCGUCGAAGACACUCCAAGGCCGCCGUCACCAACCCGCAGGACAACAUCUACGACCUGUACGCCAUCUGCUACCACCACGGUGACGACUUGGAGACUGGACACUACACGGCCGCAUGCAAAAACCCCUACGACAACCGCUGGUAUAAAUUUGACGACUCCAGAGUGACGCCCGUCGACGACGACAACGCCUACGCCGAACUCGUCAACAACACCGUCUAUAUGCUCUUCUACAAACGCAAAAAACCAACGGUCGUUCAUUCUUGUUCGACCAACGAUAAAGGCCAUUGGGCGCUUCUAAUGCCUAAAUACGUGAAACCGGCCGGCGAAGUCCUGAACGAUUUAACUGAAGUCAAAGAAGAAAUCGAUAAUGUUAAAAGUGAAGUCGAAACUAAAGACGAUUCGGAGACGGAGGACAUAAAACGGAGCCCGACCCUCUCCCGAAGCGUUCCGAGCUUACCCGAUGACAGUCCGAUCGAAUUUAUAACUCCCGAGAAUGACGUCACUCCCGUCGUACACAACACGGCGACGAUCAUUCAAUCCCCGACACUCCAGAGACCGUUGAUCGUCGAAGUGAACGGAAGAACGAGUGAAGAGUUGAGCGAUUACGAGAACGAUUCUGUCGUUCACACGGAGCCGUACAUUCACAAAGACGUGCAUGUGAACCCGAAGAUGACUCCGGUGGACGGGCGGCGGCCGCGCUCCGUCGACUAUCCGCCGCGCACGGGGACUUCGCCCUCCAGCAGGGACAAGAGCUUCGAGGGCUCACCGCUCGUCGCCAGCAUCAACGGCGUCGAGUACCAUCCCACCACCGAGGACCUCAUGCUGUCCAUGUUCCAGGAAUCCAAGUAUAUCGUACCGAGGCACGGGAACCACGUUGCGGGAGAAUCUCAUAGGGCAGGUGAAAAGUCUUCUGUUUGGAAAACUCGAAUAUCGACAUGAGAGCGGGUGCGCUCGCGCUCGGUGUGCGCUCGCCUUAACUACUACGUUGUUCAAAUAGCCUUAGAUCUGAAGGUGUUGUUUAGUUGACAGUUAGCUCGCAUCUACAAGCAGUGUGUAUCGUAUUUCUUACCAUACUCGUAGUUACAAUACAUUCGGUAUUCGAUGUUUAACAUUGGCGGUGAUGGAAGCGAGGUAUUGUAACAUUCAAACUUUAUGGCGGCUCAUAGUUAGCUGCGGGGUGAGGGAGGAAACCGAGUGCAGACGUUUGCCACCUCGUAUGGAAAUUUCCAGCCGACAUAAAGUUUGGAUGGCACUGUAUUUAUGAGGAAAAAAGGGUAAAGGGUAUACACCCUAUAUUUUUAUU